AUGAGCCUUUCAUUUUGUGGUAACAACAUUUCUUCAUAUAAUAUCUAUGAUGGUGUAUUACAAAAUCCCUGCUUUGUGGACGCACUCAACCUGGUCCCGCACGUCUUCCUGCUGUUUAUCACUUUCCCAAUAUUGUUUAUUGGGUGGGGAAGCCAAAGCUCAAAAGUACAGAUUCAUCACAACACAUGGCUCCAUUUUCCAGGACAUAACCUGAGAUGGAUUCUUACGUUUGCGCUCCUGUUUGUGCAUGUUUGUGAAAUAGCUGAAGGCAUUGUUUCAGAUUCGCGACGAGAGUCAAGACAUCUCCAUCUCUUCAUGCCUGCCGUGAUGGGGUUUGUGGCUACUACAACAUCAAUAGUGUAUUAUCACAAUAUUGAAACAUCCAAUUUUCCUAAAUUACUUUUAGGAACUUUGAAUUUUCCGUAUGAGUUGCAGGAAACACAUUGUAAUGAUAUUAAGUCAGUUAAUAUCCGCCAAACCACAGAUCCGCAGAGUGAUUCAACAAUGAUUUCAGAAACCCUCUCAUCAAAGGAAUUUCUUGAAAAUGCUUAUGUUCUGGCAGUUCUUCUCUUCUUGGCCCUUAUUCUGCAAAGGACAUUUCUGCAAGCUUCCUACUAUGUGACCAUAGAAACCGGCAUUAACCUCCGUGGAGCUCUGCUGGCCAUGAUAUACAAUAAAAUCCUUAGACUCUCUACAUCUAACUUAUCCAUGGGUGAGAUGACCCUGGGACAGAUCAAUAACUUGGUUGCCAUCGAAACUAAUCAGCUUAUGUGGUUUUUGUUCCUGUGUCCAAAUCUAUGGGCUAUGCCUGUUCAGAUCAUUAUGGGGGUGAUUCUGCUCUAUAAUUUACUUGGAUCGAGUGCAUUGGUCGGUGCGGCUGUCAUUGUGCUCCUUGCGCCAAUUCAGUACUUCAUCGCUACGAAGUUGGCCGAAGCUCAGAAGAGCACUCUUGAUUAUUCCACUGAGAGACUGAAGAAAACAAAUGAAAUAUUGAAAGGCAUCAAACUUCUAAAGCUGUAUGCUUGGGAGCACAUUUUCUGCAAAAGUGUAGAAGAAACAAGAAUGAAAGAGCUAUCGAGUCUCAAAACCUUUGCACUUUAUACAUCGCUCUCCAUCUUCAUGAAUGCAGCAAUUCCCAUAGCAGCUGUUCUUGCUGUAAGACAAUCUUUCUUGCUUUAUAAAUGGAACCAAGCUCACAUGAUGAGUGAGAGUAGGGGUGGGGGGGACCUAAGUUUAUUUAGGUAGAACCUAAGUUGAAUUAUAUGGCUUUGUUGUUGGUGGUUUUAUUUUUAACCCUUAUCCUGCUUUUGUUAUUUUGCCUUGUGCAGUGUUCAAAAGCUGAACGAGUUUCUCUUGAGUGAUGAGAUUGGAGAUGACAGCUGGCGAACUGGUGAAGGGUCUCUUCCUUUUGAGUCCUGUAAGAAACACACAGCAGUCCAGCCGAAAGCUAUAAACAGGAAGCAGCCUGGAAGAUAUCACCUGGACAGCUAUGAGCAAUCAACACGCCGUCUACGUCCUGUAGAGACAGAGGAUAUUGCAAUAAAGGUCACAAAUGGAUACUUUUCAUGGGGCAGUGGUUUAGCUACAUUGUCCAAUAUAGAUAUUCGAAUUCCAACAGGUCAGUUAACCAUGAUUGUGGGCCAAGUGGGAUGUGGGAAGUCCUCUCUUCUCCUUGCCAUCCUUGGUGAGAUGCAGACAUUGGAAGGAAAAGUUCACUGGAGCAAUGUAAAUGAAACUGAACCUUCUUUGGAAGCAACCAGAAGUAGGAACAGAUAUUCUGUGGCUUAUGCAGCUCAGAAGCCUUGGCUGUUAAAUGCUACUGUUGAAGAAAAUAUUACCUUUGGAAGUCCUUUUAACAAACAGAGGUACAAAGCUGUCACAGAUGCCUGUUCUCUUCAGCCAGAUAUUGACUUACUACCAUUUGGAGACCAAACUGAAAUUGGAGAGAGGGGCAUCAACCUGAGUGGGGGGCAGAGGCAGAGAAUUUGUGUGGCACGAGCUCUCUAUCAAAACACCAACAUUGUCUUCUUGGAUGACCCAUUCUCUGCCCUGGACAUCCACUUGAGUGAUCACUUAAUGCAGGAAGGGAUUUUGAAAUUUCUCCAAGAUGACAAAAGGACACUCGUUCUGGUGACUCACAGAUUGCAGUAUCUGACACAUGCCGACUGGAUCAUAGCCAUGAAAGAUGGAAGUGUACUAAGAGAAGGGACUUUGAAGGACAUUCAAACCAAAGAUGUUGAGCUUUAUGAACACUGGAAAACUCUUAUGAAUCGGCAAGAUCAAGAAUUAGAAAAGGAUAUGGAAGCUGAUCAAACAACAUUAGAGAGGAAAACUCUCCGAAGAGCCAUGUAUUCCAGAGAGGCCAAAGCCCAAAUGGAGGAUGAAGACGAAGAGGAAGAAGAGGAGGAAGAUGAAGAUGAUAAUAUGUCCACUGUAAUGAGGCUCAGGACUAAAAUGCCAUGGAAAACUUGUUGGCGGUACCUCACUUCUGGAGGGUUCUUUCUGCUCUUCCUGAUGAUUUUCUCUAAGCUUUUGAAGCAUUCAGUCAUUGUAGCUAUAGACUACUGGCUGGCCAAGUGGACAUCGGAGUACAAUAGAAACAACACUGGAAAAGCUGAUCAGACCUACUAUGUGGCUGGAUUUAGCAUACUCUGCGGAGCAGGUAUUUUCCUUUGUCUUGUUACGUCUCUCACUGUAGAGUGGAUGGGUCUCACAGCUGCCAAAAAUCUUCACCACAAUCUUCUCAAUAAGAUAAUUCUUGGACCGAUAAGAUUCUUUGAUACAACACCCCUGGGAUUGAUUCUUAAUCGCUUUUCAGCUGAUACAAAUAUCAUUGAUCAGCACAUCCCUCCAACUUUGGAAUCUCUCACUCGUUCAACGCUGCUCUGCCUGUCUGCCAUUGGGAUGAUUUCUUCUGCUACCCCUGAGUUCCUGGUUGCUCUUCUGCCCCUUGGGGUUGCCUUUUAUUUUAUCCAGAAAUAUUUCCGAGUGGCCUCUAAGGAUCUCCAGGAACUUGAUGAUAGUACCCAGCUCCCUCUGCUUUGCCACUUCUCAGAAACAGCUGAAGGACUCACCACUAUUCGGGCAUUUAGGCAUGAAACCAGAUUUAAGCAACGUAUGCUAGAACUGACGGACACAAACAACAUUGCCUACUUAUUUCUCUCGGCUGCCAACAGAUGGCUGGAGGUCAGGACGGAUUACCUUGGAGCUUGCAUUGUCCUCGCUGCAUCUAUUGCAUCAAUUAGUCGCUCUUCCAAUUCUGGAUUGGUGGGCUUAGGCCUUCUGUAUGCACUCACAAUAACCAAUUACUUGAAUUGGGUUGUGAGGAACUUGGCUGACCUGGAGGUCCAGAUGGGUGCAGUGAAGAAAGUGAACAGUUUCUUGACUAUGGAGUCUGAAAACUAUGAAGGCACCAUGGGUAUUGCUCUGAAUAUAAUUUUUUGCUUCAUUUAUACUUUUAUUUUUAUACAAGUGGGCAUAUGUGGCCGCACUGGCAGUGGGAAGUCAUCGUUAUCUCUGGCUUUCUUCAGAAUGGUUGAUAUAUUUGAUGGUGAGUUACUAACUAAAUUUUUAUUGGCUCUGUGGUGCUUUCACUUAAAAAAACACAACCCCAACUUACCUAAUUCUAGGAAAUGUAGAUUUAACUUAGAUCCAGAGUGCAAAUGCACUGAUGACAGACUCUGGGAAGCUUUAGAAAUUGCUCAGCUGAAGAAUAUGGUCAAAUCACUACCGGGAGGUCUAGAUGCAGUUGUUACUGAAGGUGGAGAGAAUUUUAGCGUUGGACAGAGACAGCUGUUUUGCCUUGCUAGGGCCUUCGUCCGCAAAAGCAGCAUUCUUAUCAUGGAUGAAGCAACGGCUUCCAUCGACAUGGCCACCGAAAACAUUUUGCAGAAAGUGGUAAUGACAGCCUUUGCAGACCGCACAGUUGUUACAAUAGCUCAUCGGGUUCACACUAUUCUGACGGCAGACCUGGUUAUUGUGAUGAAGCGAGGAAACAUUUUAGAAUAUGACACUCCGGAAAGCCUCUUGGCUCAGGAAGAUGGCGUAUUUGCUUCUUUUGUCCGCGCAGACAUGUGA